UUUGUUCUGUCGAUCUCGAGUAGGAUGGCGAGGGGAAGCUCGCAGUCGAAGAAGGCGUCAUCGGCGGGAGGCGGGGGGCGGCCGGCCACGGUGGGGCCUAGGGGGACGCCGGCGUCUGCUGCAGGAAUGAGGAGGCGGAGGCUGGGUGGCGGCUCCGCCGGGGGAUUCGGGGCCGCCAGCGGCGGCGGGGGAGGUAGCAACAUGCUGCGCUUCUACACCGACGACGCCCCCGGGUUCAAGAUGACGCCCACGGUCGUCCUGGUGAUGAGCCUCUGCUUCAUCGGAUUCGUCACCGCCCUGCACGUCUUCGGCAAGCUCUACCGCUACCGCUCCUCCGGCCGAUCUUAAUCCGCCGCCGACCUAUCUCCG